CGCCCGAGCACCGCAGGAUAUCAUGAAGCUACUUCAAGUCUUGGAGCCUGGAGACUGCCCCCAGAAGGCAACAUGGUACUCCUUGGCUCCUUCUGGACAUGGUCCCUGUGCUCGAGUUGGCCACAACUGCCUGUACCUUCCCCCUGGUCAAGAUACAAAUCAAGGAAAAGUGUUCAUUGUUGGGGGAGCAAAUCCUAAUGGCAGCUUUUCUGAUGUGCACUGCAUUGAUCUGGCUGCCCAUCAGUGGAAUGAAGUGGACUGCGAGGGUCUACUGGCUCGCUAUGAGCAUGCUAGCUUCCUUCCCCUCAGCACCCCUGGCAGAGUCUGGGUAUUUGGAGGAGCGGACCAAUCUGGAAAUCGAAAUUGCUUACAAAUGUUGGAUCUCGAAACGAGGAUAUGGAGCACUCCUAAUGUGAACGGCACACCACCAUCCCCAAGAACAUUUCACACAGCAUCCACGGUCAUUGGAAACCAACUAUAUGUUUUUGGUGGUGGGGAGAAAGGUGCCAAGCCUGUUCAAGACACACAACUCCACGUAUUUGAUGCAACAACAUUGACUUGGUCACAGCCAGAAACCUGUGGGGAACCACCCCAACCCCGUCAUGGCCAUGUCAUGGUGGCAUUGGGGCCAAAGCUCUUUGUUCAUGGUGGUUUAGCAGGGGAUGAAUUCUUUGAUGAUCUGUAUUGCAUAGAUACAAAUGAUAUGAAAUGGGAGAAGUUAGAGACCACAGGGGAUAUCCCAUCAGGCUGUGCUGCCCAUUCGGCUGUGGCCAUGAGGAAACAUAUAUACAUCUUUGGAGGAAUGGCUCCCACAGGGGCAUUGGCUACAAUGUACCAAUACCACAUAGAAAAACAACACUGGAGCCUGCUUAAGUUUGAAACAUAUUCACCCCCUGGACGGCUGGAUCAUUCCAUGUGCAUCAUUCCUUGGCAUAUGUCUCCUGCCUCUGCAGAAGAUACAGGUGUAGACAAUGUCAGUAGCAACGUAGAGAAAGAAGGCUUAGCCGAUGAAAUUGUUAGAGAAGGUGAUGACUUAGAUGAGAAUAAGGCAGACAAAUUCCUGUGCUUAGUGUUUGGUGGGAUGAACACUGAAGGAGAGAUUUACGACUGUGUUGUAACACUGGUUGACUAAUAAAAUUCUUGUUUUCUUAAUACCUUUCAAAUUUUCUAUUUUAAGAAAUUGAAAGUGAACAACUGUUAGA